GUGCUGCAAUAUCGCGACCGAAACAACAGCAGCGACAUUCACGCCAGACGCCACGAGGCACGAUCACACCACAGCUUCACCAGCGACAGCCACUGGACCACUGAACCGCGAUGGGAGGAGGAGGCCAGCAGCAGCAGCCCGCCAAGGAGCGGAAGGAGGUGUUGAUCGAUGGCAUGCUCUACGACGUGACAUCGUUCCGUCACCCAGGCGGCUCGAUCAUCAAGUUCCUGACAAACCACGGCGAUGCGACGGACGCGUUCCACCAGUUCCACCUGCGGAGCGAGCGGGCGCAGAAGCUGCUCAAGGUGCUGCCCAAGCGCCCGGCCCCAAAGGAUGUGAUUGCGGAGCGCGGCGGCAACGGGCAGGAAGGGCUGGCCAAGGCGUUUGCCAAGCUGCACAGCGAUCUCAAGGCCGAGGGCUACUUUGACCCGUCCAUGGCGGAGGUGGCAUACCGCACGCUCGAGCUUGUGGCCAUCCACGCCCUGGGCGCCUACUUCCUCAUGACGGCGACUAACGUGUUCUCGGUCAUCGCAGGCAUCCUGUGCCUGGCCAUGGGCCAGGGCCGCUGCGGCUGGCUCAUGCACGAGGGCGGCCACUACAGCAUGACCGGCAACGUGGCCAUUGACAAGGCGUUCCAGAUUGUGCUGUACGGCGUUGGGUGCGGCAUGUCUGCCGGGUGGUGGCGCAGCCAGCACAACCGGCACCACGCCACGCCGCAGAAGCUGCAGCACGACGUUGAUCUCGAGACACUGCCCCUGGUUGCCUUCAACACCCGCAUUGCCGAGCGCACAAAGUCGCCCGCCGUGCGCGCGUGGCUGAGCAUGCAGCACAUCUUGUUCAUCCCCGUGUCCUGCCUGCUCGUCGCCCUUGGCUGGCAGCUCUUCCUGCACCCGCGCUACAUGCUGCGCACCAAGAAGAAGUUUGAGUUUAUGACGCUGUUUGUGCGCUACUACCUCCUGUUUGGCGUUGUGCUGCAGGGCUACACGUGGCCCGCGGCAAUUGCCAUCUAUCUCCUGUACAACGGCCUGAGCGCCUCGUACAUCUUCACCAACUUUGCGCUGUCGCACACGCACCUGCCCGUGACCAACCCGGACGAGUACCUGCACUGGGUUGAGUACGCGUCCAAGCACACGACCAACAUCACCUCGAGUGCGCUGUGCGACUGGUGGAUGGCGUACCUCAACUACCAGAUUGAGCACCACCUCUUCCCCUCCAUGCCGCAGUUCCGCCACCCGAAGAUUGCCGGCCGCGUGCGCAAGCUGUUUGAGGACCACGGUCUCGUGUACGACGUGCGCGACUACUUUGCCUGCCUCGACGACACCCUGUCCAACCUCGCCCGCGUCGGCAACCCAGACAAGGCCAAGUAACACUCAACCAGACAACAGCAUGUGGUGGUGGUGGUGGUAGGGGUCAUAGCAGUAGCAGAUUGAUGGGUUGGAAUCUGGUGUGUGCAUUGGUGUGUGUGUGUGUGUGUGUUGACCGUGUUGUGCUUUCGCUCCGUUCCUCCUGAUUCCUUUUUCCUUUCCCACACGCGGCACCUUUCAUCUGGCUGGCGCAUGUGGCAUUCAUUCUUUUUCUGAUGUGUCAUGAGUUGUCUUCCAACCUCUUCCUUCACGUUCCAUGCGCUGGUGGGGUUGAACUACAUACAUACAACAAUCAAACCAC